AGCCGGGUCUUCGCCCUUCUGGUGUGGGGUGAAGCAGAAGCGGUGUGGUUUGGUGUAAUCUCAGUUUGUUUUAUACGUUUAUUGCAAAAUGUACUACAAAAUCAGCGGUGUGACGGGAAAACUAACGGGAUCUACAUCGGCGAGCGCCUACUUCCCCCAGGGGCUAAAACCUUCCGUGCCCUCACAGCCCUCCCCUAUGAUCUUUGCCUUACCCACCAAGGUUGUGUCAGAAGCCAGUCCUACAGCCGAAUAUCUGGGAUCUAACAAGGUCCCCGAGCUGCAAAAAAUCUUUCAGAAAGCUGAUGGAGUGCCAAUUCAUUUGAAGCGUGGCGUCAUGGACCGGCUACUGUACAGGACUACGAUGGGCCUGACGAUUGGAGGAACCUUGUACUGCUUAGUGGCCCUGUAUUUUGCUGCUCAGCCCAGAAAAGUUGAAUAACAUUAGGAACCCUCCCUCUGGACCAAUGGACCAUCAUGACUGUAUUCCAAAAGACAGUAACAUAAUUGCUUUGGUUCUCCAAUAUUUUUUCACCUCUUAUUAACCCUUAAUUUAUAUGGCCCUGAACAGGGUUUGCAAGAACAUGUUUAAGAAACAGGUCAAGUAAAAAGCAACAGCCAGGACCUUCACUCAUCAGUGAGUGAGUAAUUUCAGGGUUAUGGAUUUGUUUUAAUACAUGCUGUGUGGGGAAUAAGGUGCCAUUUUAGGUUUGGGAAGCUGGUGCUUUGAGCAUAAGGAUGUGUUAAACAACGAACCAAACUUUCAGUUGGCUUGUAUGCACGGGUGCCUGCAAUGACAACAGAGUGCAGUGUGAAAUUAUGAAAUAAAUAUGAAAUGUUUCAUCA